GGGGAAGGGGCAGAGAGUGGAGCUCAAUGAGUGACAGAGGGGGGAGGAGAUUAACACAGAGCGGCCCCCUCCUCAAUAGCAGAGACUAGAGCAGCUCAUCAGUCUCACCCCGAGGAUUCGAUUGUGAGCUCAGCGCCCCAGCAUGGCCCUCAUUGUGCAUCUCAGGACUGUCACUGAUCUGCGGGGGAGAGGGGACAGAAUCGCCAAAGUCACGUUCAGAGGGCUGUCGUUCUACACUCGGGUGCUGGAGAACUGUGAGGAUGAGGCCCGCUUUGAUGAGACAUUCCGGUGGCCAAUCGCCAGUAACAUCGACGGAAACGAAAUGUUGGAGAUCCAAGUGUUUAACUACAGCAAAGUCUUCACUAACAGGCUGAUCGGGACAUUCCGGAUGGUUCUGCAGCAGGUGGUGGAGGAGGCGCAGCUGGAAGUGACCGACACUCUCAUUGAUGAUAAUAAUUCUGCAAUUCAGACGAGCGUCAGCAUCGAGAUCCAGUACCAGACCAUGGACGGUUCUGUAGGCGCCUGGAAUGAUGGAGAAUUUAUGGACAACUCCAACCUGCAGAACGAGGGAGCCGGGAGUUUUCACUUUGAGACGGAAAGUCUAUUGUCCGGCCAGAGUCAGAACUCAGCCGUGUCCCCCGGGAGAUCACAGAGCUUGCACUCUACUGAGAGAGCCUUCAGGAGGGUUGGCAAAGGGGUAUUUUCAGCCAUGAAGCUUGGAAAGAUGCGCCCACCCAAGGACGAGAGCAGGAGGCAAGAUGAACCUGCUGUUCUGGAGACAGAAGACUUGGAUAGGAAAGCGAUCAGAUUGGCUGGAGGUCUGGACCCUGACACCAUAUCUCUUGCCUCCGUUACAGCCCUCACCACCAAUGUGUCCAAUAAAAGGGCCAAACCUGAUAUCAAAAUGGAGCCAAGUGCUGGAAGGCCAAUGGACUACCAAGUGAGCAUCACAGUGGUAGAAGCCCGGCAGCUGGUGGGAUUAAACAUGGAUCCGGUGGUGUGCGUAGAGGUGGGGGAUGAGAAAAAAUACACGUCCAUGAAAGAAUCCACCAACUGCCCCUACUACAAUGAGUACUUUGUCUUCGAUUUCCAUGUGCCGCCGGACGUGAUGUUUGACAAAAUAAUCAAGUUGUCAGUGAUCCAUUCCAAGAAUCUUCUCCGGAGCGGGACUUUGGUUGGCUCCUUUAAGCUGGACGUUGGCACUGUGUAUACACAGCCUGAGCACCAGUUCUACCACAAGUGGGCGCUUCUCUCAGACCCUGAUGACAUCACGGCGGGGCUUAAAGGUUACCUGAAGUGCGACAUCGCCGUGGUUGGGAAGGGGGACAACAUUAAGACCCCGCACAAAGCCAAUGAGACGGAUGAGGAUGACAUUGAAGGGAACUUGCUCCUCCCGGAUGGAGUUCCCGCAGAACGCCAGUGGGCUCGGUUCUACGUCAAGAUCUACCGUGCCGAAGGUUUGCCCAGGAUGAACACAAGCAUCAUGGCCAACGUCAAGAAAGCUCUCAUUGGAGAAAACAAGGACUUGGUGGACCCCUAUGUGCAAAUUUCCUUUGCUGGACAAAAGGGUAAGACCUCAGUGCAGAAGAGCAGCUAUGAGCCCAUGUGGAAUGAGCAGAUCAUUUUCACUGAGAUGUUCCCUCCCCUGUGCAAGAGGAUGAAGAUACAGAUCAGAGAUUCAGACAAGGUCAACGAUGUCGCCAUCGGGACCCACUUUAUCGACCUGAGGAAAAUUUCCAACGAGGGAGACAAGGGUUUCCUUCCCACUCUUGGCCCAGCCUGGGUGAAUAUGUAUGGCUCCACCCGGAACUACACACUCAUGGAUGAGCAUCAAGAUCUGAACGAGGGGCUUGGAGAAGGCGUCUCUUUCCGUUCAAGGUUGUUGUUGAGUCUCGCUGUUGAGAUAUUAGAUACAAGCAAUCCAGAGCUCACCAGUUCCACAGAUGUUCAAGUUGAAGGAGCUCAACCAGUGACGGAAAACUGCACAGGGAAAAUGGAAGAGUUCUUCCUUUUUGGAGCUUUCCUGGAAUCCACCAUGAUUGACCGGAAAAUUGGGGACAAGCCAAUUAACUUUGAGGUCACCAUAGGCAACUAUGGCAAUGAAAUAGAUGGAGUCUCCAGACCAUUGAGGAAGAGGAAAGAAGGGGGCAAUGGGGUCGAGGAUGAGACAGAGCUCUUGCAGAAUUCCAGUGAUGAUGAGGCCGAUGAAGAUGGAGAAAUGUUAUCAAUCUCUUCAACACCCGCAAUGAAGCCACUCAUAACUGAUAGGAACUACUUCCAUCUGCCGUUCUUUGAUAAGAAGCCCUGUAUUUACAUUAAGAGCUGGUGGCAGGACCAGCGGAGGAGGCUGUACAAUGCCAACAUUAUGGACAAGAUCGCAGAUAAGCUGGAGGAAGGGUUGAAUGACGUCCAUGAGAUGAUAAAGACGGAAAAGCCUUACCCUGAGCGCCGGCUCCGAGGGGUCCUAGAGGAACUUAGUAGCAGCUGUUUCCGAUUUGUCACAUUGGCCAACAAAGAUCAGAACCAGAAUGGACAGACUAAACUGGACAGGGAGAGACUGAAGUCCUGUAUGCGGGAGCUGGAGAACAUGGGGACACAAGCUAAGACCAUGAGGUCCCAAGUGAAAAAGAACACAAUUAAGGACAAACUGAAGCUGGUGCAGAAUUUCCUCCAGAAGCUCCGUUUCCUGGCAGACGAGCCCCAGCACAGUAUUCCUGACGUUUUCAUCUGGAUGAUGUCCAACAACAAGCGCAUUGCAUACGCUCGCAUCCCAUCCAAAGACAUCCUCUACUCGAUUGUAGAUGAGGAGACGGGAAAGGACUGUGGGAAAGUCAAGUGUGUCUUCCUUAAGCUGCCUGGCAAGAGAGGCUUUGGGCCCGCAGGUUGGACAGUACAAGCCAAGAUGGAAGUCUACAUGUGGUUGGGCCUUAGCAAGCAGCGCAGGGAUUUCUUGUGUGGCCUUCCAUGUGGAUUUGAGGAGAUAAAAGCAGCUAAAGGGCCUGGCCUGCAGUCCUUCCCACCCAUCAGCCUUAGCUACACCAAAAAACAAGUGUUCCAGUUACGAGCCCACAUGUACCAAUCCCGGAGUCUUUUUGCCGCUGACAGCAGUGGGCUAUCUGAUCCCUUUGCCCGUGUCUUCUUCAACACUCAGAGUCAAUGCACAGAGGUGCUGAAUGAGACCCUUUGUCCCACUUGGGACCAGUUGUUGGUGUUUGACAAUAUCGAGCUCUACGGAGAAGCUCAUGAGAUGCGAGAUGAUCCUCCCAUCAUUGUCAUUGAAAUUUAUGAUCAAGAUACAGUAGGGAAGGCUGAUUUCAUGGGGAGAACGUUUGCCAAACCUGUUGUGAAAAUGGCCGAUGAGCGGUACUGCUCUCCUCGCUUUCCUCCACAAUUGGAAUACUACCAGAUAUAUCGAGGGAACUCAACCGCAGGGGACCUCUUAGGAGCGUUCGAACUGCUCCAGAUCGGACCAGGAGGCAAGUCUGACCUUCCACAGAUUGAAGGACCAACAGACAUGGACAGAGGACCCAUCCUUCCAGUUCCUCUUGGAAUCAGACCAGUGCUCAGCAAAUACAGAGUAGAGGUCCUUUUCUGGGGGCUGAGAGACCUGAAGAGAGUAAAUCUAGCCCAGGUUGAUAGACCAAGGGUGGAUAUUGAGUGUGCCGGAAAGGGGGUCCAGUCUGCUCUCAUACAGAACUACAAGAAGAAUCCGAAUUUCAGCACCUUGGUCAAAUGGUUCGAAGUGGAUCUCCCUGAGAACGAGUUACUGCACCCGCCACUAAAUAUCCGAGUUGUAGACUGCAGAGCCUUUGGCAGAUACACUCUGGUUGGUUCCCAUGCUGUCAGCUCCUUACGCAGGUUCAUUUACCGGCCUCCAGAUAAGAAUUCCCAGCAGUGGAACACAGCAGCUAAACUCAUGAAUGGCUACUUUGCAAUGACAAACGGAGGGCCCCACUCUCGCACCACAGGUGAAAUAGUUAUCAACAUGGAGCCGGAAGUGCCCGUCAAGAAGAUGGAGACAAUGGUGAAACUGGAAUCUAACUCUGACGCGGUGGUUAAAGUAGACAUGAGCGAGGAAGAAAAAGACAAGAAGAAGAAGAAGAAGAAAGGAGUCGAAGAGAUUGAGGAAGAGGAGCCAGAUGAGAGCAUGUUGGACUGGUGGUCCAAAUACUUUGCUUCCAUUGAAACUAUGAAAGAGCAACUGCACCAACAGGAAGCAGCAGCUGCAGAAGCCGAGGAGAAGGAAGAGAUGGAGAUCGCAGAGGAGAUCAAAAUUGAUGAUUCUCCCAUGAAAGGCAACAAGGGCCCCACCAAGAAUAAGGAAAAGGUGAAAGCCCCCAAAGAAGACAAGAAAAACAAGAAGCAGCAGCAGCAACAAACCGAGCAGGCCGAGAAGAAGAACAAGCAAAAAAUCGACGAGUUAAAGGUGUCCAAUAAGGAGUUGGAGAAUGACUAUGAUAACUUUGAGGACUGGCUCCAUACGUUUAACUUGUUACGAGGGAAGAUCGGCGAUGAUGAUGAUACUGUAAGCGAAGAAGAGAGAAUUGUUGGGAGGUUUAAAGGUUCCAUGUGUGUGUACAAAGUUCCUUUGCCAGAAGACGUCACAAAGGAAGCCGGAUAUGACCCAAACUUUGGCAUGUUUCAGGGAAUCCCUAACAACGAUCCAAUGAAUGUGUUGGUCAGAGUUUAUGUUGUGAGGGCCACUGAUCUUCAUCCAGCUGAUAUCAAUGGAAAAGCGGAUCCAUAUAUUGUCAUAAAACUAGGAAAGACAGAGAUAAAAGAUAAGGAAAACUACAUCUCCAAGCAGCUAAACCCCGUCUUUGGAAAGUCCUUUGAUAUUGAGGCCACUUUCCCGAUGGAGUCCAUGCUAACGGUUGCAAUUUAUGACUGGGAUCUGGUGGGAACAGAUGAUCUAAUCGGAGAAACCAAACUCGACCUGGAAAACCGUUACUACAGCAAGCACAGGGCGACUUGUGGUAUCUCACAAACAUAUUCUAUUCAUGGGUACAACAUGUGGAGGGACCCAAUGAAGCCUACACAAAUCUUAUCCAAACUUUGCAAAGAAGGGAAGAUUGAUGGGCCCCAUUAUGGCCCCGGUGGAAGAGUGAAAGUCACAAAUCGAGUAUUCACAGGUCCCACAGAAAUUGAAGAUGAAAACGGUCAGAAGAAACAGACAGAUGAACACCUUGCCCUCUCGGUCCUACAGCACUGGGAGGACAUUCCUCGGGUUGGAUGUAAGCUGGUCCCUGAGCACGUAGAAACGCGGCCUUUGUUAAACCCGGAUAAACCUGGAAUUGAGCAGGGCCGCAUAGAAAUGUGGGUAGACAUGUUCCCAAUGGACAUGCCUGCGCCAGGUCCCGCCAUAGAUAUAUCUCCAAGGAAGCCAAAAAGUUUUGAGCUACGUGUUAUUAUUUGGAACACUGAUGAAGUGAUUCUAGAAGAUGAUGCUUUCAUGACAGGAGAGAAGAUGUCUGACAUCUAUGUCAAGGGGUGGCUGAAAGGACAGCAGGAAGACAAACAAGACACGGAUGUCCACUAUCACUCCCUUACUGGGGAGGGGAACUUUAACUGGAGGUUCUUGUACCCUUUUGAUUACCUUAUGGCAGAGGAGAAGAUUGUCAUUUCCAAGAAAGAGUCAAUGUUCUCUUGGGAUGAGACAGAGUACAAGAUCCCGGCUCGUCUUACACUCCAAGUCUGGGAUGCUGACCACUUUUCAGCAGAUGACUUUCUUGGAGCCAUAGAAUUGGACUUGAAUCGGUUUCCUCGUGGGGCAAAAACAGCAAAACAGUGUUCGAUAGAAAUGUCAGAACCAGAUGUCGAUCUACCAAUGGUCUCAAUCUUCAAACAAAAAAGGGUGAAGGGAUGGUGGCCUUUCGUUGCCAGGAAUGAAAAUGAUGAGAUGGAAUUGACUGGUAAAGUGGAGGCAGAGCUUCACCUUCUCACAGCAGAGGAGGCAGAGAAGAGCCCAGCAGGGCUUGGGCGCAAUGAGCCAGAUCCCCUUGAAAAACCAAAUCGACCCGACACCUCGUUCAUCUGGUUCCUCAGCCCGCUUAAGUCCAUCAAGUACCUCAUCUGUAAUCGCUACAAGUGGCUCAUCAUUAAGAUUGUCCUGGCCUUGUUGCUUUUGGCCAUGGUUGCCCUCUUCCUCUACAGCAUGCCCGGUUACAUGGUGAAGAAGCUUUUGGGUGCAUGAGGAGCCGACAGUUGAAGGACUCUCUUGUAGUUGAAGGACUCUCUUGUAGAUUUUCUCUGUAGAUUGUCUUUUUCAUCUCAAACUGUGAAGUUUAGCGAAAGUCUUUCUAAGCACAUCUGUUCUGUGUGAGAUAUCUGUGCCCCUAAUGAAUAGCCGUUAAUAAGAACAAAAUGAAGAGUUACCAGAGAGGCCACCAAAUUGCAUGCAACUGGAUUCUUCCCCAACAACGACCAAUCUGCUUCCACUUUUUUGGCCUUCAGAAAGGCUGAAUAUUAUUUUUAGAGGUCUGAUUCUUUUAAAAAGUAGAGUUUGGGACAAUGUAUGUUUUUUUUGUACAUGAUCCCAACUGUAUUGGCUGUGGGGUGCAAAGAUAUUAUCUCGUCCCAAAAACACUGAAAAGCUCAAGCAAGUAGGAUACAAAUGGAAAGGGUUUCAGAGGAGCUUUCAUAAUAACAGUUCCUAGUUUAGCUAUGGAAUUAUCUCAAUUUAUAUCAUAAAACAUAUCAGAAAUCAGGAACUAGUGAUGUCCAUGUUGCCUUUAUAUGGCAUCGGUAUCAUCAUCUUCAUUCAAUCAGCCCCAAAUCAAUCACACGCCGCAGUACAGGGAGGCGCAUGAACAAGACCCACAUUUAUAUUGAACAGAACAAGUCUGGAAAGAUCAAGUUCCCUUUUCAUCCAAUUAACAUUAAUCAUUACCGAAACCUUAAAAAAAAAUCUCCCGCUUCCAGAAGGAUUUUGAUGAUUUGGAAAAUGGGUUUAUAUUUGGGAAAACACAAGAUAUAUAAAUAUAUAUUCAGAGAUUUAUUUUACUAACCCGCUAACUCAGUACUGACCACACUCUGCCAUCCUUGAUAAAUCCCAACCCCACCUUAUAAGCUGCACCUUUAAUUGCUACAUUGAUAGAGAAUAAUGAAGUGUAAAAACAAGGCAGAACCUGCAAGUAGAUCUAGAAACAAAGGAACCCCACAGACUUUUACAAAUAGAAAACACCAACAUUUUGUGUAUCUCCCCCCGCCCCGAGAUAUUUAGGGCUAAAGACAAUUCUUUUGGUUUGAGUGUGACGUGAAUUCUAUUUAUGGACCAUUUCAUUUCGCUCGGUUACGGGGAAGACGAUUCCCUCGGUUUUGCACUAAAUUUGAGUUUGUUGGAUGUUGUAUAGAUUCUUAUUUAUAAGUCUCACGCGUGCGACACUAUUUAUUCGUUUUUCCUCUGCUUGUCUUUGCGUUUGGAUUGAUUUUGAGAUUUUAAAGUUGUUGAUUUUUUUUUGUUUGUUUGUUUGUUACAAUAAAACUGUAAAUGGUC